AGAAGUGUCCGCACCGGAGUAUAUAGAGAGACUCGGGCCUCCCAACCCUUCGUUUUCUGAACCUCACUCAGGAACACAUUCAUCGAACACUGCACCAGACAAUCUUGUUUCACAGGAGCCAAACUACAAGCUCAGAUUCUACCUUUUGCCCAGCACCAAUAUGACCAUCAGCGAAAACCGCAACAUCAUCAUCGUGGGCGUUGGCUCCCUCAUGUCCAAGUCCCUGGCCCUCUGGCUAGCAAGCCUAGGGUGGAACAUUGCCCUAGUAUCCCGCUCCGAGCAGAGCCUGUCAGCCAUCGCCUCGGAAGUGCGCGAAGCGCAGAAAACCCCCUCAGCCAAAGUUCUCUACCGCACGGCCGAUGCUGGCGAACCAUCAAGCCUGAAGGCAGCGCUCGAGUGGUGCCUCCAGGAGCUCGGAGGCCCGUUGGACGUCCUGUGCUACAACGCGGCCCGCGUCACCGUCACGGAUAUUACUACCACGUCACCAGAGGAGCUGCAAGAAGACUUCAAAGUCUCCGCUGUCGGUACGUUGGUGGCCGGUCAGUGGUUCGCGGAGUGCAACCGCGCCCGGGUCGAUCGCGUGGCCCAGGGCGAAUGGCCGCUCUUUCUUGUUACGGGUGGCAUUCUGGACAAGGAGCCGCAGCCGAUCUUCGCCUCGCUAUCCUCCGUGAAGGCGGCGUCGCAGACACUCAGUCGCCUGUUCGCCGCGGCUUUGCCGGAUAAAGCCAAGAUCCUGGUGGGGAUGCCGCUGAUUUCGGGGCGGGUAGUGAGCCCGGGCACUGAAGGAUAUCAGCCGAAAUUCGACGCGGAUACGGUGGUUGCUUCGGUGUUCAAGCCCUUUUUUGAGGAGCGUGAGGCGCGACGGGAUGGAAAGCUGGGAUGGGUGGUGGAGAGGGUUUACUGAGGAUUGAGGAAGAUUGGGUCGGGGUGGAUCAUCAGUAAGGUUUGAGAGAAGAGCGGAAGGGCAUCAUCCGCCAUCCGUGGGAAUCUCAACCGCAGCUUCCCGCUGGCUUUACCCCACUGUGGCACAUCGUCAGACAGACCACUGCACUGCAAUCACUGAAUGUUACCUAUGUGACGACGUCUACCCACCGAACGGGGGAUCAAUGGCAUUUCAUUUUGCGAAUUUUCGUCGCAUCCACUAGUUAGAUCAGAGCGCAUGCAUGAUGACCUCCCGUCAGCGCGUAUCAAUAGCAUGUCAAGCAUGUCGAAAGAGACGUGUCAAAGUCAGU